GAGUUGAUCUCUGAUCGGGGGACCAGCCGCAUUGCCAACUGACCUGAUUGCUUGGUUCCUUUUCAGGGUUUAUUUGCAAUUCGCCGGAGGGUUUACUGCUUUUCACUUAGAGACGCCUAAAACAAGUCUUCCCCCUGGCUUCUGAUGAGGUGGGGAAUGGAUGGGCUGCUUGCAGAGGAUAUGAAGUUAUUGAAACUCUGUGUGGCUUUAAUUUGGUUUGGUUUGGUGCAUUCGUACAAUAUUGAUUUAGACCAUCCAGUCGUGUUUCGGGGGACCAGUGGCACUUUCUUUGGAUAUUCUGUACUGGAACAUUUUCACGACAAUACACGGUGGGUGCUGGUAGGAGCCCCUCAGGCUAACUCUACUUACAGCUCGACUGUGCUGUCCCCGGGAGCUGUAUAUAAAUGCCGAAUUCACAGUAAUCCGGAGAAGAGAUGCACAGAGUUGGAUCUGGGUCGAGGUAAUCAACGAGGAAAGACUUGUGGUAAAACUUGCAGAGAGAACAGGGACAACGAGUGGAUGGGCGUGAGUCUGUCUCGACAGGCUGGAGGCAAUGGCAGCAUCCUGGCAUGUGCACAUCGUUGGAAGAAUAUACAUUAUGAGUCAGAUCACAUCUUGCCUCAUGGAGCCUGCUACAUCAUUCCACCUAAUUUGUCUAGAAAAACUAAAGAACUACUCCCCUGUUACCAAGAGUACAAGAAAAAAUAUGGUGAGGAACAUGGCUCCUGCCAGGCUGGAAUAGCAGGUCACUUUUCUGAGGAUCUAGUUGUAAUGGGGGCACCUGGCUCAUACUAUUGGACUGGCACUGUCAAAGUUUAUAGUCUGAAAGAUGGAAAGUAUUAUCACUUUGAGGAUUCAAUCAAUGGGCCCAGCCAUUACCGUUACCUUGGAUAUGCAGUGACUACCGGCCAUUUCACACAACCUAGUUCUUUGGAGAUUGUUGGUGGAGCCCCACAGGAUGAAGGCAUUGGAAAGGUUUACAUAUUUAAGAUUGGCAAUGGCAAACUUACGGCAAUUUUCACAAUUCCAGGAAAAGAGCUGGGGUCCUACUUUGGCUCAACAGUAUGUGCAGUUGAUUUGAACUCAGAUGGCUACUCUGAUCUUCUCGUUGGAGCCCCAAUGUUUACAGAGAUAAGAGAUGAAGGGCAAGUAACUCUGUUCAUCAACAGAGGCAAUGCUGCACUAGAGGAACAGCAGCUUUUAAUGGGUGAUGGCAUGUACAAUGCACACUUUGGAGAUAGCAUUGGAUCUCUGGGCGACAUUGAUGAUGAUGGAUUUCCAGAUGUUGCGAUUGGAGCGCCCAAUGAAAAUGAUUAUCGUGGUGCUGUCUACAUUUACCAUGGAGAUGCCGCUGGAAUAGUCUCCAAAUACUCAAUGAGGAUUUCAGGACAGACAAUCAAUCCAAUAUUGCGCAUGUUUGGCCAGUCGAUAUCAGGAGGAGUGGACAUGGAUGGAAAUGCUUAUCCAGAUGUAACCAUUGGUGCCUUCAUGUCAGACAGUGUGGUCCUAUUGAGAGCUCGUCCGGUUAUUACCCUGGAGAUCUCCAUUCUACUUCCUGGCUCCAUUAACAUCACAGCUCCACAGUGCCAUGAUGGCAUACAGCCAGUCAACUGUCUGAAUGUCACCACUUGUUUCCGCUUUCAUGGCAAGCAGGUCCCGGGUGAAAUAGAAUUGAUUUACAAUCUGACAGCAGAUGCACUGAAGAAACAGAAAGGCCUGCAGGCCAGGGUUUACAUUUAUGCCAGUGAACCAAUGAGCCAGGUCAUGGAGAAAAUUGAGCUGUCCUCCAGGAAAGAGAGCUGCAAGCGCUACUUUGUCAUUGUCAAGCGGGAGGUGAAAGAUGUGAUAACACCAAUUGUCUUUGAAGUUACAUACAACUUGGGCAAGCACAUAAUUGCUGGCAAGUCUGAGAGGGAGCUUCCAGCUUUAAAACCAAUCCUGCGCUGGAGAAAAGGACAGAAACUGGCUCAGCAAAACCAGACAGUUUUUGAAAGAAACUGCCUAUCAGAUGACUGUGCUGCUGAUCUACAACUUCGUGGCAAGCUGCUUUUAUCCAGUAUUGAUGAGCACAAGCCUUACUUGGCAUUAGGAGGAGUGAAGAAUAUCUCUGUGAAUGUAACGGUUCGAAAUGCAGGAGAUGAUGCAUAUGACACUAAUGUUUAUUUUAACUUCACUGAAGAGGUCUUCUUCAUCAAAAUGUGGCAGGAAGAAAAGGGCACUUCCUGUGAACUGAUGGAGUCGGACUUCCUGAUAUGCAGCGUGGGAUUUCCUUUCAUGAGAUCGCAGUCCAAGCAUGAAUUCAGCAUUAUUUUUGACACAAGUCACCUGUCUGGGGAGCAGGAGAGUUUGGAGUUCACAGUUACAACACAAAGUGGAAAUGUUGAACGUAAUGAAUCUCUGUUUGAUAACACCCUCAUCCUUACAAUGCCUUUGAAACAUGAAGUGGACACAGCCAUUACAGGGUCGAUUUCCCCAACUUCCUUUAUUUAUGGUGAUUCAGUGGAUGCAUCAAAGUUUAUUCAAUUGGAAGACAUGUCCUGCCUUUUUCAACCUUUUAAUUUGACAUUUCAGGUUAUAAACAUGGGCCCGAGCAGUGCACCAGAACUUGCUGUGCAAAUUAUGAUUCCCAGUAGACUUCUUACAAAUGGAGCUGACAUCUUUCUCAUCCAGGAUAUUAUGGUUGAACACAAUGGAGGUAACUGCACCUACCACAGAAACCCCGAUCCCUGCUUCAUACCUCAAGAUAAGGAGAAUAUUUUUCACACAAUCUUUGCUUUCUUCACUAAAUCUGGUAGAAAAGUAUUGGAUUGCGAUAGGCCUGGACGACCCUGUUCAAUCAUCAACUGUCAACUUACCUCCAUAGCAAAGGAAGAAACAAGGAAUAUCAAUGUACAUUUACUACUCAAUACUGAAAUAUUGAAAAGGGACAGUGCCUCAGUUAUCCAAUUCGUUACCAGGGCAAAAGGAAUGGUAAUGUCAGACUUGAGGAUGGUGGAGGUAGCAGGAGGACUUUCUGAAGAUGCAACUGUGGUGUUUGAAGCCUUACACAACCUGGAGCCUCGUGGUUACGUUGUGGGAUGGAUCAUCGCCAUCAGCCUUUUUGUGGGAAUCCUCAUUUUCCUGUUACUUGCAGUCUUGCUUUGGAAGAUGGGCUUCUUUCGGCGAAGGUACAAAGAAAUCAUUGAAGCUGAGAAGAACAGGAAGGACAGUGAAGAAAGUUGGGACUGGGUGCAGAAAGACCAGUGAGCUGUCAGCUAAUUGAAUGGCAUGCAUCAGACAGCCAAUUGACCCUGCUCCAGAGUCUUCCAUAUGUGGAAGAGGGAAUUCUUCUCCAGAUUUUUCGGAGAUCUGAUGAUUGUGUACACGUGUAAUUCAGCAGCUGGAAGCAUUCCUAAGGCAGGCAUUGCAGACAGAAAAUCUGUUCUGUGGUGCUUAGACUUCCUUUAAAGCUCACCAAUGAACUAUAGCAAGCAAAGUGCUGUGAAGAACACAGACUCAAGAUGGAGGAGAAUGGGAUUUACAACAGUACAACCCUCAGGGGAUUGAAAUCUCUUUGUGUGUUCAGUCAAGAGAAACAGAUAUUUUUAUAAGAGAAGAACAUGUUUGUCCAAAAUGUUUAUUCCUUUAUAUUUUUAUCCAAAUGUAAAUUACUCUUAUCCAUUUCUAUAUUACACUCACUGCACUGAUGUCUUGCUCAGACUUGAGUGAUGACAAGUUAAUGAAGGAGCGAUUUUACCUAAAGGUCUUUGCAGUAAGGUCAACCUUGAUAGUGAAGAUUCAUGACCACAUGCAGAGUUAUUUAACCCUUUCAGUACUGUAUAUCCUUUGCACUUUGCAGCAAGCUACUUUCCAUUAUCUACUGUCUGAAACAAUGACCAUGCAAUGUUCAACACUAUAUAUGCAAAACUUUCAAUCUGGUGGGUAUUGUGGGGAUUGGGAUUAGCAGAGGCUUAGUCUCCUGGGUUAAGCCAGGGUUUCUAUGCCAGAUUUCUAUCUAGUAACUCCAGUGAUAUUUUACCAUUUGUGCAUGUUUGAUUGGGAUAGCAUCAAGGCCUAUGUAUAAUUAUCGCCAGCAGUUGAAUACCCUACUGAUGUUCAACCAUCAAGGCUCAGAAUAAAAUAACAGCCAGUUGUCUGGGGUACUGGAGACAAGUAAUAUCUGUGGGAAGCACUCAAUCCAUUCAGGACAAGUGGGAGAACAGAGAUAAGGGAAAUAAAAGAAUGCAGAUAGGUAUAGCAAGAGACUAGAAUAUUCCUCACUUGUAAAACCGUUUCUAGAAUUCUUUGUAAAAUGAGGCAUAUAUAAAAAAAGGAGAAAGCAAAAUUGAAGCUUAAAGCACAGCCAAAAAGGUGAAGUUCAAAAAGGCUUCAGAAAGAGGGAAGAAAGAGUUUGAUGGGAGAGAUUAGGAAUGAAAUGGAAGAGAGCCAAGCCCAAAGUGCCUGUUAAUAGCAGAGUUGAUGGAAAGCAAAGUAUUUUCAGGUGAUAAGAUAAUUUAAAGGAAUAUCAUUAACAAUUGUGCAUGUUACCUGAUUGUGUUAUUGUCCAUUAAUCCCUCCAUUACCGAGCAGUUAAAUGUGAUCUUUAAUUUGAUUUGUUAAACUUUGGCAUUUCCGUUGACCUUAUUGUAUAAAAAGAUUCCUUAGGUCUGUGCGUUAUAGAAAAUGUGACACCAGUGAGAGCAGAACUGAAACAUUGCGACUCAAGUGUGUGGACGUUUGCUAUGUUGUCAUGUUACCAACAUAAAACGUAAGGUUUUAUUAUUAAGUGAUUUUAGUGGGCUAUUCAGUUCCUUUUUAUAUGCAUUGCAUUCUGCAAGCUUGUGUUACUGAUAAGAGUAAUUUCUGUGAUAUUCCCAGUGUUAGACUAUCACAUUGGUCUCAUAAAGGGAUUGAUCUGUCAUCCAAUCUGCUGCUGACUGAGCCUCAUUGAACUCAGUCAAAGUAAUGAGACCGCAGAGUCAACAAAAUGUAUUGCAAGUUGAAUAUUUAGAGGAACUCAUUUCCCUUGAAUACUCAAAGGAAUUAAAUUGAUUAUGGUUGUAAGGUUUGAAUGACUUAGAUUGUGAGACUCUAUGGUCACUGAAUGCAUCAGAAUGGUUCUGGAAAGAUAGAAGCAGGGAGGUUGUUUCUGCUGGUGGGUAAAACCAGAACUAGGUGGCAUAAUCUCAAAAUAAAGGGGAGCAGAUUUAGGACUGAGCUGAGGAGGAACUUCUUUGCCUCAAGUGUUGUGAAUCUGUGGAAUUCCCUGCCCAGUGAAGCAGUUGAGGGUCUCUCAUUGAAUGUUUUUAAGACGAGGAUAGAUUUUUGAACAAUAAAUGAAUUAAGGGUUACGGUGAGCAGGCGGGUAAAUGGAGCUGACUCCACGAAUAAGAGGAGCCAUGAUUUGAUUGGAUGGUAGAGCAGGCUUGAGAGGCCAGAUGGUCUACUCCUGCUCCUUUUUCAUAUGUCCUUUUGGAGUGAAAUCGAUGGUAGUAGAUUGACUGAAUGUAAAACUGCAGGCAACAUUCCUUCGAACUGCUCAUACGUCAUUAAUGUUGCAACAAUCAUUAUCUAUAACAGCAACAUGAGAGGACAGCUGCAGGAUCAGUAUUUUGCUUGUGAAGCUGCACGGAAAGAUGAGAUCAGAUCUAUGAAUGGUAACUGAGAUCGUGCUGCUCACGCACUUGUUCAGUGUUUCAGUAUUUUUACUGAUAGUAAAGACCUGGACACGUUAUGGGAAAUUGAAAGGUGCAGCACAGCAGCUGAGAUGCAGGCACAGGUUUGGAAGUUGAAUUUUCUUGAGUAGAACCAAAUUUGGGAUUUUCUGGAAGAUGCAGGAAUGGGGAAUUAAGGUGUACGAGGUGGUUCAAUUCAGUGGGAGCCAAACGUUUGAUUUCCUGCUGGUGGAUUGAGAUGCAGAGAUAAAAUCAGUGAUGUGUUUGUGACAGGACAGGUCUCAUACUGACCUGUGAGGGUUUGCCAUUAGUAAUACAUUAGCAGCCAAUGAAUAUUCAUCAUGUUGAAAUGUUUUAAAAUUAUAUCCUCCUCCCAAGAUCAUGUCAAGAGACUCGUGGUUCCUGGUUCACAAUUAUUUAAAAGGUGCUUCAUUAUUUGGCUUUGUGCAGUUGUGCCUGAGGUUGAUAUUUUUUUUCUUGAACACUGAUACAGAGAGGGGCUACUGUGCCAUGGAUAUGUUACACCAGGCUCAGACCCAGCAAGACCACAUUAGGGGUGAGGAGUGUUGAAAGGUAAGGGUUUGGGUACAUGGAGAUAGGAGAAGGGAAGGGCCCAGCUUCAGGGUUGGUUCAUACUGGUCAGGGUGGAUUGGUUACACUCAGACGAGUGAAGUGAAUGAGUACAGAAGGGCAAGGUUGGAGUAGUGAACAUUGGAUUCCUGUAAAUCAAAUUGAAGGUGUUGGAUGAUGAAGGGAAUAGUCACAGUCAUGAGGCAGUUGAAUUCAGUAAGGGAACAGGUUCAGUGUCAUGGUUGUGAAUGAAUGAAUAACGUAAGGAUGAUAAUGAUAGGGUUUAUGGUUUAACUGGUCAACUCAACAAUGAGUGCAAGCAUGAAGGGUGAGAAAUGGUGUGGUCAUGUCAUUAGUGAUAGGGUCCACAGCAACGGAGAACUUGUUCAGAGGUUACAGAGAGAUAUUGCAAAGUUAUGUCAGGUGGGUCAAGGGUGAUAGGGGAAAUUGUGAAGACGACAAAAAGCAUUGGAAGCUAGAGAAUCAGGUGUCAUCUUUUCAGGGUCACUUCAAGUCCAUGCAAGAAUGCCAAGAUUGCAGAUCUUGGAAGGAUACCAGUGUUUGAAUGGUGUUCUCGGUGUGGCGCAACAUGAAGAUUUAAGACAUUUAGUGCACAUUAGUUCUGCGGAUGAGAACUGGUGGAUAAACAUGUUCUCACCUCACUGUCUGCCCUCCUCGCACAGUGCAAUCACUGUAAUAUACAUGGGUCUCAUUUACCCAAUAAUCAUUUAACCUCAGACGCAGAGGAAAUAUUGUAACAAAGGUAAGUUCUUAUCAUCAACAACUGAGCUCAUAGUGACAGCAGGAAGCAGCCAUCCAUUAAAAACUUCAUUUAAAAUAGACACUGGCACAUCACCCCAUCCUCAGGACAAGAUAUAAUGACCUGCAGAUGUCAGACAGGCAAUGCCAAAUGAAAUGCCUUAGAAAAUGGUCAUCAAUAUCAGUGGAAUAGUUCAGCAAAACGUAUAGCCAUAUGGAUUUCUUGGCAACACCAUGGCAUUUGCUCUCAAAGUGCUAGCAGCACUGAAUUUCUUUGCCAGUAAUGGAUUCCAGGGUGCAACUGGCAAUUUAUGAGCAUAUUGCAGCUCUCUUCUAUCAUGCCAAUCAUCAACUGCAUUCCUCUGGCCAUUAGAGCUCCUUGAGACAGCAUUUGAAAAAAAAACUUCUAAUCUCUGAACAUGGAACUGUUGUACAAUGCAGGUCUGAGUAGGUGAAGAAUCUGUCAUGUCUGUGCUUGUUUCCCAAGGAGUAGUCAUAAUCUCAAGAUUAGUAGCUGAAGUAGAGGAUUUCUGCUCACUGUGGUGAUGCAUGUGGAACCCAUCCUUUGGAGGUGUGAGAGGUAUGUUUUGAGAUAUCCAGUCUAUUGGAGGUCUUCUGCCCUGGUGUAGGGUCAGGGACACCACUGGGUCUUACUGGGUAGAACUGUUGGGAUCAAUGGUGAAGGGGUGAGAAGAUAUCACAAACUCUUGGGGAGAUCUGGGAGUGUGACCCGGGUCAGCUACCAUUCACUCCUGAGAGAAUGGGUCUCUGGGGAGGAUGUCCAGGUACUAUGACCCUCUCGAGUUUAGCCACUGCCAUGGUGGAUCAUGAUUGGAGUGAUAGAAUGUAGAUCCACAGGGAUGUGAGUUGAUUGAGCAAGCUGGCUGUUCAUAGUGGUCUCCGCUGUCUGCAUGGAGGAAGCCAUGCACUCUCAUACCUGGGACAUUAAGAACUCAUAGGUUGGACCAUCUCCUCCAUCCUCUACAGAGAACUAUGCAUAACGACUGCCAGGUUUUCCCCGUAUUGUUUGCUACAUCUCCAGAAGGCUUCCUUUAGUUGUGAUCACCAGGUCACUGUCAGUGUGAGGCUCAAUAGGCAUCUGGCUUCCGGAGGUCUUUCAAAUGUCAGGGAAUUUGGCUGUCACAACUGUUGGGACCUGUUUGCACAAUGGUCACCAACGUGAGGAAUGUCUGGGUGGAACUGGAGCUCUUGGAAAUUCAUGAAACGUGUAAUGGUGCAUCCUCUGGAAGAUUGCUUUCAUCUUCACCAGAAGUAGAGUUCCUGGAGCAGGUAUGGUAUAUUGGCCUGGACAUUCUGACCUGACCUUUCAUGGAAAUGCCCCAUGGAGCAGAAAAAAAACAGCCACGUUAAGCAUCAUCACAGUUUGAAUGCUUUAUACUUUAUCACAUUGUAUUCAUAAACCAGCAGCAGGAUGAUGCUUCUUAUUCUGUAUAUCUGGUGGAUCUAGCCUCACCACCUGCAAUGGAUUGUGUCCCCUGCUCCCACAAUCUUCAUCGCCUGUUCCACCUCAGGGGUGAAGAACCACAGAAUUGCCAUCCCUAUCAUAGCUUUGAUUUCUCCCUGCCAUUGUGGACUUUCAUGACAAAGUGCAGAGUCAGCGACCUGCCAAGUGACACAAAACUCCUUUUCUGUCUGCAGCCCUAUUAUGUCUUGGCCUGAAAGUCCCACAUUCUGUGUGCGUGCACAGAAAAACCAAACUUGGAUAUACCUUGGCCUCAAUUGCAUCUGACUGGGUUGAUCACACACCCAUUUUUGAUUGCCUGAUGAGAAACCUCAACACUACAACAUUGGCACUUACCCUGACCAAUAGAGAUUGUUGAGUGGUUUCCCGCACUGGACCCAGGUUUUGUUCAGGACCCCUUGAGUCUUCAUUACCUUUGCCAUCUCAGACAAGCCACCAUGGUUAGGUGUAAAGGUUUGCUGAUGCUGCCUGAAACAAAGAACAUUUCCCUUGUUUCUAAGACAGCAAAUGAGGAAAGCUGCAGUUUGACAUUGCUGAAUGGGACUGCUCUCUGGUGACACCUUGGCACCUCAGUUGUUGAGUUAGAGGGGAUUGACUAUGAGGUGGAUGUGUAAGUACAAGAAACAUGAGUGAAGGGAGGGAUUAAUGAACAGGGAGAAGUUUGAGGGAGAUGCUGAGGGUUGUGAGAGGGUGUAGAAAGUGACAAAAUACUAUCAAUGAACACAGGAAGGUUAAAGUUUUGACCAUGGUGCAGAGCCUCCCUGUUUGAUCUGCAGAUACUUUUAUAGCCCACCAAUCACUGCAUAUUGUUGACAAUGAGAGACUUCUGCCACCGUGGGAUCAUACCUGUCUCCCACAUACACACUGGGACUUUAAAUUUUAAUUUGAAAUGGAAACAAGCAAGAAAGUGGAAAUGCUGUUCAGGAACAAUGUGCCACAUUUUAAAUGCUGCUCAAUCUGUGCAUGAUUGACAAUAUAUUUUGCCUCUACUGUAUGUUAUGGGGAAGGAAGAAUUAGUAAAUGAGAAUGAUAAAGGUAAGGAGCUAUGGUCCUGAAGGUUUUUUUCUUGUUCUGAUUACAUAAAUAGGAACUGGUGAUAUUGAUGCAUUUCCAAAAGAUCAUGGCACGUGCAUUCCAAAUAAUUCAAGAUCAUGGAGCCUUAAAUCUGUGGUCUAAAUUUAUCAUUCUCACUCCUAUCUAAAUAUGACAUGAAAGUAUUAUUAAGCUUUUCUGAAAUAUCAGAUUCUUUGUAUUUAAUCGAAUGGCACUAAUGGUCCAUGACUAAUUAAUGCUGCUUCAUGAUUUGCUGCUUGCUGAAAUGGAGUUGGUACUACCAUUUUUAUAAUAAAAAAACAAAUUGUUUAACUUCUAUGUACAAAUAAUACACCCACAAAAGUGUAAACUAACUCCACAAUCCAACGCUGACAGUGGGUACAGCCGAGACAAUCAGGAGUAAGAUGUUGAUUGCAAGGAGAAUAUGCGAUUACAGGACCAGCCAUGUACUUUAAGCAUAUUGUGAGAGAUUCAACAAAUGGAAGUUCUGCCCUGUGGUUUUAGGGCAGAAAUGUGUGGCUUGAUUAUCAUUCAAGAGAGGUUCCACACUUUAGCUUGAAACACCACAAUUUGAGUUAUUGGUAAAUUCAUUAAAAGAUCGGCUUUUUCACAUAUGUAACUUGUGUGAUUUGAAAACACUGAAAUGAGUAAUAUAAUGAUAUAACACAUUAUAUAAUAACGUUAAGAUUGUAUCAUUAACUGAGCAUCACUUAGAGCUUUAUCGAGUGCUAAGACAGGAGGCUUAGUUUUGUUGAAGGAGUUUUAAGAAUUAAGUUGAACAUUUUAAUAUGGGGAUAUCCAGUCACACAAUGCAUGGGCAUGGAAGUCAGCUUAAUCGGCCAAAUUAAAAGAUUCUCCUUUAAUCCCUCACACACCAUAUGCUAGGUUUUGACAACAGCCCAGUUAGUUUUUAGAAAUUAUGCUUUUCUUAUUGGAUAUGCAAAUUAGCAGCAGUUGGAGGAUCCUUGAGCCUACUCCACUAUUACAUAAGAAGCCUGUUUCCACACUAAGUAAUCUAAUCUAAUCAUGGCUCACCUGUUUAUUCUAUGCACCUGACUAUUCUAGAUAACUUGUCACCCUGUAGCUUCUCAGGAAGCUAUCCACCUCUACCUUAAAUAUGUUCAAACACCCUGCUUCCACUGCCUUUUGAGGAAGAGUGUUCCAUAAUCUCAUGACCCUUUGUGAGAAAACCUGCCCUCCUCACUGUUUUCAAUGGAUGAUCCCUUCUUCUUAAAGAAUGGCCUCUAGUUCUAGAUUUUCUUCCAAGAGAAAACAACCUUUCCACUCUCAUGCUUUGAAGACCCCUCCAGACCUUAUUGUCACAAUUAAGUUGCUUUUUGCUCUUCUGAAAUCUAACAAUUAUGUCCUGUCCGAUGGUUGCUCAUUAGAUAACAUGCCCAUGCCAGUAUUAGUUUAGUAAACCUUCUCUGAAUUGUUUGCAAUUCAUAUACAACCUUCCUUAAAUAAGGAGACCAUUACUAUACAUACUACUCCAGAUGUCGUUCUAUUCACACCCAAUUUCAAGUGUAACAUCCACAUGCGUGUAUUGAAUUUGCCAUGCAAUAAAUGAUAACAUUCUACUCGGUUUCCUAAUUACUUGCUAUAUUUCCAUUGUAACUUUUAACGAUUCCUUCACUAAAAUAGAGUUUGCCAUAGAUCUGGGAUAACAUGACUCACGUAACAGUUAUGUUGUGCUAGUGAUGGUCAACAUCAAAUAAGAUGCUAUAUUAAGGAAGAUUGGAAAGAUGGGUUAGAAAUAGAUUUAGCAGUUUAGGUAACUUGCUGCACAGAUAAUGUAAUCCAACUGCCAAAGUAAAUUCUGUGAUCUGGAGAUUUCUUGUUGGAAUCAAUGGAAGACACAUCUUUCUUCAUUGUCAUUAGCUAAGGCAUUUCAGUUUCUACUUUGUAGGAAUGGAUAAAUAGUGAAAGCUUUAAUGUUGGUCUGGUUUCCCUUUACCAUCCUGGUAGUUGCAUGAUACAACGAUAAUGGAGUUGUUGACUAACUACUAUGACAAUCAAUCACUUAGUUUUUGGUAGAUCCAGUAGAAAUUCAGAUUCUGUUUAAUUAAUGUGCAGAGCUAAUGACCAGGACCUCGUGAAGUGAUCCGGUUUUCAAAGUUACUUUCAUUCAGCCUAUCUUUCUGACAGUAUUGAGAAACAUAUAAGCUGUAAGAUAAUGAAAAUCUUAGAAAGCAAGAUGGACAUCUUUCAGUCAAACAAAGUUCUUCAUAGGUGUUUUCCUUAUGGUCAUUUUGUAUCUCAGCAUAUGUGUAAAUCUAGUAAACUUGGGAUGCUGAUGUGUCGCCACAUCUGAAGGCUGUGCAGGUCAGAGAAAGAACUUUAAACUUUGUAACUCCAGUUGACCUGGAUUCCCUUCCUUGUCUCUGGAGAAACAGGUUUGGAGAGUUUUCACUUUGAUGAGACAGAGUUAGAUCAUAUUUGACCUAUGAUAACACCAAAACAGUCAUAGCAAAUGGGCGCUAAGUUGAAACAGCACCCAAUUUUCUUUUUCUCUGAUGUUGGUGAAAAUUGGGUGCGAUGUAAGACAGACAGCUGCUUCAGCUUGAGUUUAUUCUAGACUGCUUGUGUAAAAUAAUUUCACUCCCCCUAUGUUCUAAAAGAAUCCAUAGAGAGGUUCAUAUGAAAUAAUGAAAAUGUUUUACAGCUAAUGAAGUUGCAGUUUUUAAUCACAUUUCGAUCACAUACAGCUGCCUCCUUUCCCCUAAUGGAUUAUUAUGAGUGUAAGAUUAUUUGUGAGUGGACUGUGCUGUUUUGGAUAUGGGAAAUGCUAACUAAAGAGAUCAGUAGAGACCUUUGUAUAGUAAUUGUUAUUUAUGAGUGCAAUUAGAAAGAAUGUAUCAGUGUAUGUGGCAAACUACUGCCUGUGGACAUGAGCUCAGGGAAAUAGCACAACUUUAUCAAAUGGCAGUGGUUAGUGAGUUAUAUUUCAUAUUAUCCCCCAAAGCAUCUCUGCACAGGUUACUUCAAGGGGGUCAAGUUGAACCCAUAAAAUGGCAUCAUAAUAAUGAGGAGGAUUGAAGCUGUUGACUUUAAAUGAUUCCAUUAGCAGUUGAUAAUUCAGGACGAGAUUCUGAUAUUUUCAACAUUGCUUGAACAUUUUUUUACUGUUCUCAGAGGAUUUGGGAUAGAUAAUAUGAUAUUGUUGCCUAAGUCAAAUCUCUACUCACCCGUCUGCUUGAUAAGGGAAUAGUUUUCAGAAUUUCCUUCCUCUCUCCAGAAGAUUUCACCUUGUGCAGAGUACAAUUCCCUGAGUGCUAACAGUCUUUUGGCACUUCUCCCCAAUGAACGUUUUUAAUUUCUACAUCCAGGAGGAUUUUCAAACCUGACUGCAAUAACCUGCAAUAUCUUGUGAGGUCACCGACUAGCCUUUAGGUGCAGAAAUUUUGGCUAAUGUAUUUUCCUGGCAUGUUUAAAAUCGCCAAGGAUAGCUGUCAUCCUCUCACUGCCACCUUGGUAAGAUCAGCUAAUUCAGCAGAGACCAGGAAUUCAGUCUGGAUCUUCCUGGUCUGAAUGAUGUGAGAUAUUGGCUUCACCUCUAGCUUUUGGAAUGUUUACAUGUUGCUGAUUAUGUUGAGCUACCUUAUAGGCACACACAGCACUGCAUACAAGUCACCAUUAAGUAUUUCAUAUUUUAUCCUUGAUUAGAAAAUGCUACUACUGUUUGUUUAUUAUACUUGGGAUUUGAUUUUCUGUGUUACAUUCCAAAGUAUAUUUAUAAUUAUUUCCAUCAAUUUUCUAUUAAAAAUGAA